UUUUUUCAGCCAAUUCCUCUUCUAAGAAGUGGUUUUAAUGGUUCUGUAACUCUAAGCCAGCAGCAAGUUGCUGCUCUACUUGCUCAUGCUUUUUUUUCCACAUAUGAAAUGCCAAGAAAUCGUACUGCUGUCGAGAAACUUCGAUGCAUUCUUUAUUUCGACUUUAAUUUUUCAGUGCCUUUUGGUGUUAUAACUUUUCGUAGACAGUCUGUGGAUCCUCCUGAUUGGAACAGGUUAACAAACCAUCUUUCUGAUUUUGUCGUGCAAAGUUCUGGAACUAUUGAAGAUGAUGGUUUUGGUAUGCUUGAAGUUGAUUUCGCGAACAAAUACAUUGGAGGAGGUGUUCUGAGUAAAGGUUGUGUUCAGGAAGAAAUUCGUUUCUUGAUAUGCCCAGAGUUGAUUUUAUCUUGUCUUUUCUGUGAAAGGAUGUCUGAAAACGAAGCCAUAUUUAUCAGCGGAGCGCAAAGGUUUUCUAACUAUACAGGAUAUGGGAGGGAUUUCAAAUGGCAUUCUGCUUCAAAACAAACUACUUUAAUGAGGUGGGUACAUAUCAUUUUUUUAUUAAUUAUGCAGGCUCACGCUGGAUUUUAUUCUCCUGAUGGUUCGAAAAAAGGAAUUGCAACUGGAAAUUGGGGGUGCGGUGUAUACAGAGGAAACCCCCACUUAAAAUUGUUGAGCUUUUUUUAUACCUUUUACUUAAUACGCGAUGUAACAUUGUUAUCUUUAUUUAGGUCUUCUGCAGUUAAUUGCUGCCUCGGCCAAUAA